ACCUAUUAUUAGGCUGUCAUUCAUUUGCAAAUCUUGCUCAGUCACUCGUUUUUUUUAGAGCGCCGUCUGUUAAAGUCACUCAUAUAGGGGUUUAGAAAAAGACCAAAAAGGAGAAUAGCGAGACUCCAAGUCCAUUUACUCUAGCCUAUCAGCCAGCUCCCUCGGUACUACCUCCCCUCUAUUCGCGCACUCGCGCCUGGAUGGUGCGUACACCUCCUGUUGAAUGUCAACCUGCAGCACCUGCUGCACGUAUGACAACGCCAAGUGGAGGCGAACCCGAGCCCGUACAACCGACGACUUGUCCUAGAGCUGUCCCACACGUUCACUACAAACCAGAGCACGUUUCACAGCCACGACAACCGUCCCCUGCCCGCUGUUUCCCACCGCGGCAAACAUUUCUUGCAAGCCUCGUAAACCCUGGAGAUACCCAAUUCGCACCAAAACGACGCAAUACCAGCGAUCUGCUUCGAUAUUUCCAUGGGCCCCGUGACUUGGAAAAGCAUACAAAAUGGCCGAUUUUCUUUCGAAUGCAUGGCAGUGUGCUGCCCAAGUUGAUUGUUCCUCUUAUUCUUGUCGCCGUGUGGUCGACUGUGGUUACAAUAGUGUGUAGAUUUGUAUACGAUCUUGGCAUUGACAAUAUCUUGCUUACUGUUACGGGUACUGUUGUCGGCUUGGCUCUGUCCUUCCAAAGCUCAACAGCUUACGAGAGAUGGGCAGAUGGUCGGAAAUACUGGUCUCUGCUGCAACAAACAUCUCGGAAUCUUGCCCGAACAAUCUGGGUCAAUACCACCGAAAGAGAGGGCGAGUUAGGCAAGGAAGACCUCUUGGAGAAAUUAACAGCUAUGAACCUAAUCGUUGCGUUUGCCAUUGCACUCAAACAUAAGUUGCGCUUCGAACCCGACAUCGCGUACGAUGAUCUUGGUGCUCUAGUGGGCCAUCUUGAUACCUUCGCCAAGGACGCACAUGAUCCGCAUGCCAUAUCUCCCAAAAAGUCUCUGUGGAAAUCACUUGGUGAAUAUCUGUCUCUUUCGAUGGCAGAAUCUGAUCCAAGGAAGUACAUCAAGCGUUCAAAAAAGCCAUUGGGACAUCUCCCGUUAGAAAUACUUAAUCAUCUAUCGGCGUAUAUCGAUCAGUGCAUGGCGAAUGGAACCUUGAGCUUCAACGUGCAUCAAACACAGGCGGUUAAUGGCCUAGCCAUACUCAAUGAAAUCAUUACAGGAACCGAGCGCGUCCUUGACACUCCUCUCCCGACAGCAUAUACUAUCUCCAUUGCCCAAAUCACCUGGAUCUAUAUUCUGGUACUGCCAUUCCAACUAUACGAUACACUCUCAUGGGUGACAAUCCCAAGCUCAAUUGCCGCUGCAUACAUCAUCCUUGGUCUUGCUGCGAUCGGUCGUGAAAUUGAAAACCCUUUCGGCCACGACGUUAACGACCUACCCCUUGACACAUAUUGCCGGCAUAUUGCCGUAGAGCUGGACCUCAUUACCGCGAUGCCACCUCCCAACGUUGCGGACUUUGCUUCGCACGAUGAUAACCUCGUACUGUACCCAUUGAGUACAGCAGGAUAUCCAGAGUGGAAGGGGCACAGUGUUAAGGAAAUCAGAUCUGCGCUUAGGGCAAAGGUCGUCGCUAACACACCACCGCACCGCACCUCAGAAUUUCAUAAUUUGGGAAAACAGAAAUAA